AAACAACACUGUUGCUGUGCGGACACAAUUUGAAACACUGUUUCUUGUUUGUAUUAAUAUGAUAUACUUCAUGCGAUAGAAUGAAAACCCCGUAAUGGACGAUCGAACGAGGGCGCUCUUUAUGGGAGCGAACGAGUUGGAAGAUUCUCAGAACACAAGCGUGUCCAUGCUGCCAUUGCAGUCUGCUACCAGAUCUGCCAUGGGCAAACUAGGCCUGAAUGCCCAUAGACCCAUGCCCACCCACUUAGCCCCAAGCCAAGGGGCCAAGCAUUAUAACUAUGGACCUGGCCCUAUGCGUACAAACUUCGGCCCAGGCCACAGGCCUUCUAACUGGAGCCCCUCACCGAUGAUGCCGAUAGUUCACAGGGAUUCUAGUAGUCUCGACCGGUCAACAGCAGUCCGUGGCCUUGAGCGUCCAGUCUCGCGCAGCUUGGACAGAUGUCCCUCAAGUCUUCUGGACAGGGGCAUGGGAGUCCAUGAGAUGGAUGUCAUGGCAACAGGGUUUGGUUACUAUGGUAACCAUGGCGCCCUGGGAGAUAUGGAGGCCGCUGUUACGUCAUCUAAGCCUAACAACCCCCAAAAUAGUGCAUCCAAAUCCAAAACUAAGAUAAGUGCGAAAAAGAAAUCUGAAGGCAGCAGUCUUGACUGGAUGACGUCUGCACCUCUAGGACCGACCAUUCCCUUCACUAGCAGGAAGUACAGCGCUCCGUUGAAGCCUAUUGCCUCCAGGUCAAGCAAACCUCUAGCGCAAACCAAACCCAGCAUCACAACUCUCAGUGACAACAACUUGCUGACACAGGCAAGGAGGCAGAAUGAGCCCCUAAAAAGCGUGCCAAUGCCACACCGGCAAGACUGGGUACAGCAGGCCCGUGCAUCACUCAAACCUGCACCUCUCGGUGCUAUCAAAAGUAAGGAAGAUGGUAUUAGUUCUGCUGGUUGGCUGACACAAGCCCGGGCCUCUCUAACCCCACCUACCUCUCCACCACCUGCACGAGCACAUUGGUUAGAUUCAGAUUCUGAGCUAGCUGAUGACAUAAUGGACAAAUUAAGGAAUGAACAAGAAAACAAACCCAUUCAUAGACUUUCUGCAGUAAUGGCAAAUGUACAAAAAGAUAUGCAUUAUCUUGAUCACUCAGUCCAAGAUGUGUCAGGCGAAAAGAACAAACGACAAGAAGUCAAUCAGGUUACUGAUAUCAAUGAAAAGAACAAGGAAAGCAAUGAGACUCUUUCAGCAAUUUCUGAGAUUUCAGAAGCUUGCAUUACAACCAAACAAGAAAUCUUAAAGGAAAUUGAAGCUUCUGUAGACAGAGCACAAAUAGUGACUGUGUUAAAAUCAGAAAUCUUGAAUGGUGUAGAAAUACCUGCAGUGGAUGACCCAGAAUGUCUCAAACAUAAUAUUUCUAAAGAUGAAUCAAAUCCUCAUAUGCUGGCAGCUAUAACGCAUGCAAAUACUGAGCCAUCUGAAAAUACUGAUUCACAACAGAAUCCAACUUCAAAAAACAAGUACACAAACGAAGAACUCAACAAUGAAAUUAAAAAAAUGCUUUCUGAGAGGAAAAUAGUUCGAAACUCUGGCCCAUUAGAGAAAACAGUUUUUGAUGAGAUCCAGGAUUCUGAUGACAGAAUUGUGAUUGCUGAGAAAAAGUUAGAGAAACAAGACUGUUCUAUAGAAACUCAUGAGAAUGGCAUUACAAACUAUGAAGAUGACAAGUCCAAAAUAAGUCCUGAACUUCCUAUGGGUUGUUUGUAUGAAAACAAGGCAACACUGAAUGACAUAAAUAGCACAAAAGCUAUUGGCGAUCAGUAUCACACUAACACAAAUGAUCAGUUUGAAGAACUCAUUUUGGAGAGGAAAAAACUCCGAAACCAGAAAAGUUUACACCCAAUAUGUGCCACAAUUGUUUCCCAAAAAAGCAAAUCUUCACAAGCUGACCUCUGUCUUGCUGUACCACUUCCUCCAAACUACAAAGUUCCAAAUAACCGCUUUGUCACAGCUGAUGAAAAUGAGGAAGACGUGGAAUUUAUCAAUUUAUCAGUUGAAGAUACAGUACAGGGAGAAUGCUUGCCUGCACAAGUUACUGAGAAGCAAAGAGCUAGUUCUCUUUCACUAGAGGCCCCUUCAGCACAGCAUGAGGGCUCCAACAGGGAUGACAAGUUCUUUGAAAUCGACAAGAAAACCAAGAUGCAAUCAAUGUCAAUAACCUCUCCACUGGAAAGGCUAAGCAAGGAAGGAUUCAAUGUGAUACAGUCCUUUCAGAGUGUUAAAGGAAACAAACCGAAACAUGCUCAGGUAAAGAUUAAUGACAACCUGCAGCCAGACAUACAAUGAUUUUGUAGACUUAUAUACACAGUCAGGCCAGAUGCUUCACUCAGAAGGAAAAGCUUCCAAACCAUAUUCAAGAUUAGAAAUUCAAAAAGAAAAGGAUAAACUCCUAAAGGAAAGUAUGUCAUUACUGCGAGAAGCCUGUCAGAAGUUCACUAAAAGAACAGCUGUGAUGGGAAAAGCUGACAAUGGUCCAACAAAAUUUCAGAACAUAACUGAGGAAAAACUCAUUAUCAUGCAACAACAUUGUCUUAUUGAGCAAUUACAUCUGAGGCUUAAGAUUUGUGAAGCAAAACUGGAAAAUAAAGACAGGGAAUUAGAAAAUAAGGACAGAGAAAACAAAGAGUAUUUUAGACAUACAAACGAGUCACUGAUGAAAUACCAGUCUAAGCGCAGCUCAUUACUCGAGCCAAAAACAACUAGCACACAGCUCAUUGUGAACAGUCCAAAGGUGUUUGAAAGAAAGAGAAAACAAUUGUCAAGAUCAAAUAAGGGAAAGAGUUUGUUUGGAGAACACAUGAAAAACAGCAGUAGAGAUAUGCCUUGUUCCAAAAAUAUAGGUUCAACAAGAGCACCCAUGAUAAAUGCCCCAGAGACUAGUCGCAGAAAGAAACAAAUGAAAAAUCAACAGACAACCAUGGAUUUUAGAAAAAGAUGGGAACAAACGGAACUUCCAAAACGAGGUAACCUUAAAGACUUUAGAACAAUAACAAAGUUGAUUGGAACAGAAUGUUUGGUUACAAAGUCAGAUUUACAUAACAAUGCUUGUGAAGUUCUAGAGCAAGAAAUUGAAAGUCAACCAGGCAAUAGGAGAUGGAAGCCGAAAGCAAAUACAAGACAAAAUAAGCCUCUUGGUGCAGAAAAAGAAGAUCAAGAUGUUGAAAGAAAGAAUAUUUCAUUACGCUUAAAACAAAAAACCCUCGGAAAACAUCAUUAUGAAUCUGCUGAUAAAUCAGAUGAUCAAAUCAAAUAUGAGGACAUACAUGUUGAAAAAGCAUCUUUCAAUCACCCAGAGUCUGCUGUUGAAAACAUUGUAAUAAAAAACCAGAUGACUUUGAAUGAACAUAAUUUUACAUUCAUAAAGGAGAAAACAACAGAAGUAUCAAGUAUUGAUAUAAAAUCCAUGGAAUAUUUUUCCAGUAAAGAACAAAAAGAGCUUGAACACACCAACAAAGAUAAUGAUGCAAGGGUCAGUCUGUUAUGUGGAAUGAAGAGAAGGAAGCCAAGACGGAAAAAGGUAACUGAAAAUCAGACAAACUGUGAAAUAAAGAGCAAACACCAAAUUUGUGCAGCCAUUGAAAAUUUUGUUGACAAAAUGAAGGCAAAGUGGUUUGAUGAAAGUGUUAAUAAAGACAGAAUACAGACACAUGAUUCCAAAGAAACUGCACAAGAAAAUCUCACAAAUUUUUCACAUUCCACACAAACCCAAGAACUGGGCACUGGUACAUUUCAUUCAUCAAAAAAACAGAUAGUGAAGUGUGAUAUAUUACAGAUAAAUCAGCAAGAAAAUAUUGAUGAAAAAUCCUAUGGGAGUAAAAUAAGGUCUUCUAAGCAAGAAAAGGAGAUUAUUACAGAGAUUGGUGGACCAUUAAAGACAACAAAAUUGAAGUGGUUUGGAAAACUGCAAAACAAAAGAGAGAUUAACCAAAAUAUAACUGUUAAUAACACCCAUCCUGCUUUAGACGACAGCGCAAGUGUUAAAAUCCUUGAAAUUGAUGUUCACACAGAUGAAAAGAUGCUUGCUGCCAACACAUCAAACAGAAAUGAGAAUGAAAUGUGUCAAAAUGAACUUAAGAGAAUAGCAGACCUUUUCCGUGUAGUUAAUAAACAGACAGAUUCUGAAUGUACUGUUGACAAGAAAAGUGAUUCUGAAGAAAACAUUGACAAGAAAAAGAUUUUAGCUGAGGCUCAAUGUUUAAUAAAAAGAGAUCAAGCUAAACAUUUUUCAAAACAGAAAGAGUCUUUUAUAGAUAAUCCUGACAUAAGUCAUGCUGCUGUAAUUCAAAAGUCAGUGGAUGCUGAUAAACUUGAUGUCAAAAAAAGGGUGAAGGAAUCAAAUGACAUUACUUUAAAUGUGAAGAAUAUCAGCCCCAUGACACCAGACGAUGAAGAAUCUGACACCAAUUCAAGUGACACUGAACUGGCUGUUUCUGAAGUAAACACCAGACCUAAGUCACGAAUAUUUGGAAUAUUUAAACAGCAAUAUUCAUCAGAAGGAAAGGCAAAUCAUCUACAAGCACCCAAAGAUGCCUUUGACGAUACACACAAUAUCAAAAACUUGAAGAAGAAAUCAUAUGACACUGAAUUAGGUGAAAAGGAGGGAAGCCCCAACACACCAGCAGAUAAAGAAUCUGACAUUGAUUACAGUGACACUGAACUUGCAAUUUCCGAACUGAAUACAAGACCAAAAUCACGGAUAUUUGGUAUAUUUAAACAUCAAAAUUCUCCAGAUGGCAAGACAAAUCAACAACUCCCACCCAGGGAUGUCUGGAAAGCGUUUCAAGAACAAACUGAUGAACAAAACAUAACUGCUGAAGAUAACAAAAUGGAUAUACGUGACAUCGAACUUAAGGAAAACUAUAUGAAACAACCAAAAUCUGAUAUUUUUAGAAUGAUAAAAGGAAAGUUUUUAUACAAAGAAGGAAAUAAAACAAAAAUCUCAAGAAGAUGUUGCUGAAAAUAUCGAUGAGGAUUUGACUGUCUCCUCACUGAAGUUUUCUGAUGAAGAACAUGGUGAAUAUAAAAGAAAACAAACCAAAACUGGAUUUUUAAAGAAGUUAAAAAGAAAUUUGUUUACAAAGAAAGAAAAACUAAACAAAUCUCAAGAAGAUAUGACCGAAAAUAUUCAUGUGGACACAAAUGAGAGUUUGAUUGACAUCUCAGUGGAGGAGAAGAAAUGGCCAUCAAGAAACUUUCUACACAGAAUAAAAGAGAAGUUAUUCUCCAAGAAAGAGAAAACACAAUACCUAGAUCAUGGUGUUGCUACAACAGAUAAACAGCAUGCAGAUGAUGGCGACUUUAUUGAUAGGGAUGACAUUGAUGACUUUGUUACUAAAUCAACUGAAAACACUCAAAAGAUGAAAAAUCACAACAAUGUUAAUAAUCAUUUUAAAAUUAAAUAAAAAUAUAAUGACUUAAUAUAAAA